AUGAAAACGGCUACCAAACAUUUCUACCUUGCCUUCUUCGCGCUUUUCGAGUCGUGUCAGUCAAGGGCGACAGGAACAGCACCUUCCUAUGCUUCAAGAGCAGACGUGUGCGCUAUUGAGCCUACUGCAAUAGUCUCCGACGCAUGCGCCUCCUAUGCAACACUAGACUCCCUAAAUGACGCCCUAUCACGAUCCCUCCAGGAUGUCACUAAAGAUACCGACUUCUUCGCUUAUUAUCGAUUGAACUUGUACGAUCAAAAGUGUCCUGUAAGAGCUUGGGACAAUGACUCCGGAAUGUGUGGGAAUAUUGCAUGUGCAGUAGAUACAAUAGAAGACGAAAAAGACAUACCGCCAAUAUGGCGGACAGAAGAGCUCAGUAAACUAGAAGGGCCAAAGGCAGCGCACCCAGGGAAGCAACAACAACAAGAGCGAGGCAAAGAGAGACCAUUACAAGGGACUCUUGGCGAAAACGUGGGUGAGAGUUGCGUUGUCGAGUAUGACGACGAAUGCGAUGAGCGCGAUUACUGCGUACCUGAGGAUGAGAGCGCAACUGCUAAAGGUGACUACGUCAGUCUAGUCGAAAAUCCCGAGCGUUUCACAGGCUACGCUGGACAAGAUGUGUGGGACGCCAUAUAUCAGGAAAAUUGUUUCUCGAAAGACAUGUCUUCGACACCACAGCCUCUAGGCUUUCCUUUCCAGGCACGGGACGACCUACGCUCGAUUCUCCAAGCCAACACAGACUCCAAUGACUUCCCACUUGAAGACGAGUGCCUUGAGAAGCGCGUUUUCCACCGCAUUAUCAGUGGAAUGCACGCCUCCAUCUCCACACACAUAUGUUUCGACUACCUAAAUCAGACAACCGGUACCUGGGGCCCAAAUUUGCAAUGCUACCAAGAGCGACUUGCAUCACAUCCUGAGCGCAUCUCCAAUCUCUACUUCGACUACGCCAUUUUACUUCGAGCAGUAGCAAAAUUACGCACCUACCUGAGGAGCUACACGUUCUGCUCAGGGGAUGUCUCUCAGGACCAAGCCACGAAAGCGAAGAUCCUAGCCAUAGCUGAUACAGCUGCGCAACCCCCACCCUUCUUUGAUGAGCACACAAUGUUCCAGGACCCGGACGUGAGUGUAGCGUUGAAGGAAGAUUUCCGCAAUCGGUUCCGGAACACUGUGGGGUAUGGUACAGCACUUAAAGUGCUGUUCGAAUUUGAUGAGCACAAGAAUGGAGAGAACCCACCGUUACGCCGCACAGAGCUUGUGGCCUUGGUGAAUACACUUGAUCGCGUGUCACAUAGCCUGAAGGCGUUAGGGAAGAUGAGGGACAUGAUCAAUCCCGCUGCAGAGCCAGAAGUAGUUCUUGAGAUUCCUGAGGUGCCCAAGCAAAAGCCAGCCAGCAGAGGAUGGGACAGACCCGGCGCUCAGCCUGCCAUCAACUUGCCUGACGAUGACGAGGAAGAGUACAUCGAGGCGGGUGAGACAGCCUGGGAGGCUGCGAAAGACGAGUUCCAGCUUGUUUGGAGGACCUACGUGUUCGUACUGAAAUCUUGGGUCAAUACGCCAGCAAAGGUAUUCAAGAUCUUGAUCAUGGAGCUCAACCGGGCGUGGAGCUUCUGGCUUGGUCUACCGGUGCCUCAAAGGAGCUGGGAAAUCAAGUUUCCCACGAGGGAUGAAUUGUAG